AGGGAAAGGCUUUGAGGCCAUUUUCAGUGCUGAGGGAUGAAUCCUUGCAUGGGAUGAAUGUUGGUAGGAUGUGCUUUGUCUGGAGAUGGAGCGGGGAGGGGGAUCCUGCUCCAGUCAGCGCAGUCGGCUUAGUGCCCUUAAAGCUGCUUAGUGCUCACAUUCUGCCAGAGGGCAGUUUUUUAAAGAGGCAAAGCCUCUUACCAUGAGAAGGCAAGGAUUUGGCACAGGUGCUGACUGCAAUCAGUGCCCUGAAGGAGAAACGGAUCCAGGAGCAACUGGCACAAAGUUGGGAAGAGAUUACCUAUGCACUCCAGAGGAAAACGUUUACAAGAUAGACUUCACCAGGUUUAAAAUCCGGGACAUGGAAUCGGGCACGGUGUUGUUUGAAAUCACCAAGCCAGCAGCGUCAGAACGGGAACACAAUGACAAGAAGGACAUUGACCCCAACGCGGGGCGCUUUGUGCGCUACCAGUUCACCCCAGCUUUCCUUCGGCUGCGCCAGGUGGGGGCCACGGUGGAAUUCACAGUAGGGGACAAACCCAUCAAUAACUUCCGCAUGAUUGAGAGGCAUUACUUCCGUGAUCAGCUGCUGAAGAGCUUUGAUUUUGAAUUUGGGUUCUGUAUCCCCAGCAGUAAGAACACAUGUGAGCACAUCUAUGAGUUCCCACAGCUCUCGGAGGAUCUCAUUCGAGAGAUGAUCCUCCAUCCAUACGAGACACAGUCGGACAGUUUCUACUUCGUAGAUAACAAGCUGGUGAUGCACAACAAGGCAGAUUAUUCAUACAGUGGAGGACCUUGAGAGCGGGAUGGACAGCCAACCUGGGCUCCAACUGAAGUCAUCAGGGACACCAACACCUUCACUUCAGUUGCCCACAGCAUCAGCUGGACAUGGAUCCACAAAGCAAGUACUCUGCCACAGUAGGAGUUUCAUGACCAAACUGGCCAGCCUCAUCUCUUUGAGCUUCAGAGCAGACCCAGAUCAUUGGAGCUCUGAGCGGUUCUACGAUGCUACGUGAACUUUGGAUACCACUUCCCUAUGUUCUUCAGGUGUCUGCUUUGAACGUGGCCUUGUGGGACCUGUGGGAUUCUGCCCUAAGUCUGCAGAUUUGUCUGCUUGCCCUCACGUAUCCUUUAGGACGAGAUGGUUUCAGAGAAUGCAGUUUGAGAAACCAUGUGAGUCGGAUGGAUGCAAAUACAGAGUUGGCUCUUGUGAAUGCUUCAAAAGCAUGGCCAGUUUUAACCUGUACAUCCAGCUGAAAACCUUACAAAAUCAAGUUUCAUCUUUUGGAUUAUUGCUCUAAAUCAGCAUCUCAUCCCUUUGUUUUCCUCCUUCUAUAGAAUGUUUCUUCCUAAAUCUUGGAAGCUAUGAAACACGCAGGGAAGACCACUGGUUUCAUCAGGUACUGUCCUGCAUUUCAGAUGGAAGAACAUAGGGCUGGGUGUCUACAAACCCUCUAAACAUCCUCCAUUAAUUUAAGUUUCUGCAAACUGAAUCCAGAAUAGUCUGGCUUACAAAAUAAGAAAGGAUUUUAGUGUUAUUUAACACUUCUACAUAGCUACCGUUUGGCUUGUCCGUGCUAUAUGUCACACGUGUCUAUUUUCUUUACUCUAUGCUCAAUGCUGAGACAAGGGCUCCAGCAAUGCUCGUUAGAGCAACACUAAUUUGUCCAAGGCAGUCAGAAAGUGUGGAAUGUCCAAUCUCUCAUUUGUAUCUGGAUUUGAAGUAUGUUAUGUUAUUUUCCCUUUGUUUUGCACUGGGUAUGAAUACAGGUGAAACAGCAACUCUAAUAAUGUCAGGCUUUAAGCCCUAUCUGUAAGAAGCUGAAGAACAACCUUGCGCAAGUUUCUCAGGAUGCACUUCUUAGGAAGAUAUUAGUGCAAUGAAGUAGCAAUGUCAAUAGAAUAGUGCAUGCAAAACCAAACCUGAGAAGGUUGUGUAGGGUCGAAGCUUCAUUUUUGCCCAAUAGCCUGUUGUCAUGAAACCCUUACUCUAAAGAUCAGUGAUACCUAUAAAAGGAAGAAAAGGCAGUUGCAGUCUGUAGAUAUUCCUAUAAAUAUUUGAUGUCUCCAUGUCUGUUCCUGUGAGUUGAAGUGGAAUGUUACAUGUUAGCCUCAGAUACGUGUAAUUGUACUGAUUUUUUUUUAAUAUAAAAUACCAUUCCCAGUCGUGGUGAACCUCUUUUUGGUCACAGCUGAAGUCAAACAGGUGAACUCUGAAGUCAAACAGGUGAACUAUGAACAGUUCCAGAUGUAGUGUAAGAGCAGGGAGGCCAUGUGCUGUUAUUGGGUCGAGGUCGCUGUCAGGUGCAUGAGCGUUUCGUAGCAUCACAGAAUUGUUCUGGUUGGAAAAGAGCUCUCAGAUCCCCAAGUCCAACCCCAACCCACCCCCACCAUGCCCACUGACCACAUCCCUCAGUGCCACAUCCCCAUGGCUCUCCAACACCUCCAUGGAUGGGGACUCCACCACCUCAAGGAUUCCAUUUUAUAAAGAAAAUACAAUGAGUUUAGCUUACAGCUUGUUUUUCUUUUAAGGCUGAUGGUUAAGGAAGCAUGUAGAAACAACUGUUCUGACACAGCUGCUAUCAGUCAGUAAUUCUUAUCACGACGAGACUUGUGUUUAUUGCUGUUUUUUGUCGGUAGUGUAUAAAACUCAACAUUUUGCCUACGGCUGUUUGAGGGUUGCAAAGAGUUUCCUCGUUAUUUGUAUUACACUUUGAGCUACGGAUCAGCAAGUUUAAUAGCGAAGCAAUGACUGAAGCUGAGAAUAGUUCCAAAAGUCUGUGUCCUUCCCACCUUUUCUUCAUCUUUACAUUCAAUGACAUUGUGCAACUUGGAGCAUUGAAUAAUUUUGUUUCAACUCCUGAAUGAGCAAACUGAAGGUAGAAGAGUGUCUGUAAGUAGCGCCCUACACUGUUGUAGGCGUUGCUUAUUUGUUUUAAUUAUUCCUAUCUCUCAGCACUUUCCUGCUGUUCAUAAUAAUAACUUCUAGUAAUGGUGCUUGGCCAGAAUUGCCAGUCUUACCUUUCAAACAGCUCUGUCGUCUCUGUAUACUCCCAUACUUUGGUGCAGCCUCUCAUCAGUCUUGGGUUAUCCAACUAAGCAUCCUCUCUGUACGUGACUGAUGUGCAAACUGCUGUUUGCUGAACUGAGAUAGUCAUCUUCUGGUCCCUUUUAAUGCUACCUCCUUUUAAGUCUUAGGAGUUCAAAACCAAAAGUAAUUUAAUAACAAUAAUGCUGUAAUCAGCUCCAUAGGUCCCUAUGAGAAAAGAACAUAAAGUUACCUUUUUCCCAGUAGUUCCCUAUGGUUUUGUUGAAUGGGCUUCCCGGCGUCCCACAUUGUAUGGCUGAACACAAGAGGACAAACAAAUUCCUAUUCCUAAGCCAAUGGAAACAAGAAGACUUUCCUGUGCAAUGGAGGUACUUUUGUGUUUCCCACUUCCAUGAUUAUCGUUGUGGCUCUUUCACAUGGAAACUUGUUUGUAUUUAUUUAGAGUCUCCACUCAUGCUAUUUACAGUCAUGGAUCUUAUUGACCAGGAGGAAAAUUGAGCUCUGGCUUUCUGAAUGGAAGAUAAAGAAAGCCGCAUCAAAAUCCAACCAAGAUUGGACUUGUCGUCUCCCACCACGUGAUGUUGACUGGAUGUGCGCUGAUAGUGAAUGAAUCUCCGAUAAGGAAGCAGGUGCUAAUAGAGUCCUUUUUAAAAAAGAAUAGAGAAGUUAUAACUGAAACUUACUUAUUUUGUUUGAGAUUCAUUUAAAGUUCAGAGUUUGCAAGGAAGAGCAAUUGGUAAAAUGUUUGUGGUUGGCUGCGUGGUCCAAUAAUCCACAGUACAAUAAUCCGCAAACUUCAGAAUGAUUUAUUUUCAAGAACACACCAAGAAUGGGUUGAAUUUCAAGAGUUUUGUUCUCCUGUCAUUGAGCAAAGCCUAAAUUAUUACCAUAUAUAUACAUAUAUGCUGAAGAUGCCCUUUAUAUCAUGGCAUUUAUGAAUUUGCUCCCCCUGAUGUGGAUUUAUUCUGUUCUUAAUGCAGAAAGUCUUUUCAGUUUUGGAAACUUUCUGAUGGCCAAAGAAUGAAGAAGCCAUCAGAACUGUAUGUGUUGUAAUGAGAUGGGUUUGCAUGGUAAGAGUUAUCUUUGGGGGGGACAAAGAAGGAGGGAGGGGGAAAAAUGUUAAUUGCUGCUGAUUGGAGCCCAAAGUUGUGGUGGUGUUAUGAAUGUAAAUGCUUGUUCUCUGGAGUUUUGGAGUGGGAAGAGCACUGGAUGUGGAUGGUCCUUGAGGUCCCUUCCAUCCAUCCCACGAUGAUGCCAGCAGCCCUAUUCUCUACACCCAGCAUUAAUGUGAUUAAUACGGAGCAUCAUUUAUACAAACGUUUCCUUGUAGGAAAUCUAAUUGACUGUUCAUAUCGUUUUCUAAGCACAGCACUGUAUCUGAAGAGCGUGAUGCUCACUUAUGUUGGAUAUCACAGCACAGCCCGACCCAGGGUGGAAUUGUGUGUCAGCAUCUGUUCUGUAGUAACUGCCUCCCUACAAUCACUGUGUUGAUGCCCACUGUGCUGCCUGCUUGCGCCCCAUUACUAUGCUGAGGUUUGAAUGUGACACUGACUUCUUUUCCUUUUGCAUAGAGUCAGGUUUGUCUGUAUUAAAAUGUAUUUAUAUAUAUAAAAACAAAUAUAAUCUAUAUAUUUUUUUGUGGGAGGAGAGUAGGAUUCUAGUUAAUGCGCCACCGAGAAAACGUUAGGAGUGUUUUUAUCCAGUUUAUAAUUAUUUGUACCUUCUGGGGCAGUGAGGAACCGGUUGGAAGCAAAGGGAACGUUGGCACCGAUUCCACUGUUGUGGCUUUGGUUUCCAUCUGCUUGACUUGCCUGCAGGUGGAUAAAGGGGGAGAACAAAGAUUGAUGCUACGAUUCAGUCUUCCUGUAGGAGAACUUAAAUCUAACCUACGCAAGGACGGGGCAGGGACGCACACUUGCUUAAAUGAAUAUUGGCAAUUAGACAUCAAUGUGCAUUAGGCAAUAUGCUUUAACUUCUUCCGUGACCGAGGGGAAAAUGGUUCAACGUGUCACUCUCCUUAGCAAGUGUUUCUUCUCCUGUAACGUUGCAAUGUGUAAAAAUAAAAUAAAAAUGAAAUAAAUUAUUGACCUUAGA